GCCCUGUCAUGAGCGGUUCUGAUUGGUUCACGAACACGACGAUCGGAGACCCGGAAACAUCGAGCGCCUGAGGGAAGCAGGUACCUCGUUUGGACCUGACACUCCGCCAAUGGCCGCCCAGGCAGCGGCGAGGGGUUGGACCGGAUUCUGAGACGUUCCCGUACCUCGGUUGGUGGAGCAGGUGCCCACCCCCGGGCCGCGAGCCAUGGACGACAAGAGGAAGAUUCCAAUCAUCGAGUGGCAGGACCUUGACAAGCGCAAGUUCUACGUCUUCGGGGUCUUGAUGACCAUGGCCAUCCGGGUCAGUGUGUACCCCUUCACCCUGAUCCGUACCCGCCUGCAGGUGCAGAGAGGCAAGAGUCUGUACACGGGCACCUUUGACGCGUUUGCCAAGAUCGUGCGGGCGGAGGGAGUCUCUGGACUGUACCGGGGCUUCCUGGUCAACACCUUCACGCUGGUGUCAGGCCAGUGCUACGUUACCACCUACGAGCUGACCCGCCAGUACGUGUCACGGUACAGCGACAGCAACACGGUGAAAUCGCUCAUCGCUGGAGGAUCGGCGUCGCUGGUGGCGCAGAGCAUCACGGUGCCCAUUGACAUCCUCUCGCAGCACCUGAUGGUGCAGGGCCAAGCCAUGGGCCGCUUCCGAGAGACUCCCCAGGGGCGUGCUGCGGGCAGCAUGGGCAGGGCCAAGGACGUGGUGCUGGAGAUUCUCCGACUCGACGGCCCAAGGGGUUUCUAUCGCGGCUACGCUGCCUCGCUGUUGACCUACAUCCCCAACAGUGCUCUCUGGUGGCCAUUCUACCACCUGUAUACAGAGCAACUUUCCUGCGUGACUCCCAGUUUCUGCCCCCACCUGCUGGUCCAGGCGGUGGCCGGACCCCUGGCAGCUGCUACUUCCUCCACCCUCACCAAUCCAAUGGAUGUUAUCCGGGCAAGAGUACAGGUCGACGGGUGCCCCUCAAUGGUGCAGACCUUCAGGCAGCUGAUGCAGGAGGAGGGUAUCUGGGGUCUGAGCAAGGGAUUGUCUGCCCGCAUCUUAUCCGCGACCCCGUCCGCUCUCUGCAUCGUGGUGGGCUACGAGAGCCUGAAGAAACUGAGCCUGCGCCCGGAGCUGGUGGAUUCACGGCACUGGUAGCCUGCAGGGGCAGGGGAGGUGAAGGACUGUCUGGGCAGUGUCUGACUGGGAGCAACCUGUGCCCUAUUGCCUGGGCCUGGGCCAGCCUGUCCAAUUCUGUCCCCUCUCUGGUUCAGUGUGCCCGCGGUGGAGAGUGAACUGCAAUGUGCCUACGACAACUACAGCGCAUACCCACAGCUACCUUUCCCCAGGAUGGCAGCAGCUUCCGGAGGGAGCGAGUGUGGAUGGAGGGAGGGACGAGCUGUGCCCUUCUCAUAAACCACCUCCACCCCACCCCCACCCCCUCCAUUCCAGGGAGAGCGCUUUGGAGGUGAGGGGGCGGUUUGCUGCUGUGAAACGGAGUGAGGGGGUCAGAGAAAACCCUGUAAACAGGAUGCUGUAUCACUGUCACCGCUGCUGCUGCUUCGACCUGGGGAAGGAGGCGAGUGGGAGUAUUGCAGGGCACCCCAUCCAUGCCACGCUAGUACCCAGUAACCGGGCAUAUAGCUGGGGGAGUCAGACACCGGGGAGGCUUGGUGUGCCUCUGUCACAGAGGGGAGGGAGUUUCCUGGCCAUUGAAGUGGACAGACGGUUUACCCAACGCUCUGUGUGUGAGAGAGACACAGUGUGUGUGUAUGUGAGAGGGACAGAGUGUUUGAGUGUGUGACUGUGUGUGUGUGUUUGUGUGUAUGUGAGAGGGAGACAGAGUGAGAGUGUAGUGGGGGGGAGGGGACCUUGCUCUCUGACAGGGGUCUCGGUCCAUGCAGUCUAUGAGAUGGUGAACAUUAGAGGGUGAGUGUGUGUCGAUGUAACUCUGCUUUUUUUGAUAUUGAUCAAGGUGCUGUACACUUUA